CGCCGCGCGGCCGUGCGAUCCGCGGGAGCGGCGCUACGGUGGCCGGCGGGGCUGGGGCCGUGUUUGCGCCGCUCCGCGUCCCGCCAUGGGGGGCCGCAUCGAGUGCGUGUUCUUCAGCGAGUUCCACCCCACGCUGGGGCCCAAAAUCACCUACCAGGUGCCCGAGGACUUCAUCUCCCGGGAGCUGUUUGACACCAUCCAGGUGUACGUCAUCACCAAGCCCGAGCUGCAGAACAAGCUGAUCACCGUGACGGCCAUGGAGAAGAAGCUGAUCGGCUGCCCCGUGUGCAUCGAGCACAAGAAGUACAGCCGGAACGCUCUGCUCUUCAACCUGGGCUUCGUGUGCGAUGCCAGAGCCAAGGCCUGUGCGCUGGAGCCCAUUGUGAAGAAGCUGGCUGGCUACCUCACCACCCUCGAGCUGGAAAGUGGAUUCAUCUCCAACGAGGAGAGUAAACAGAAGCUGGUUCCCAUCAUGACCAUCCUGCUGGAGGAGCUGAAUGCCAAAGGGAAGUGCACCCUGCCCAUAGAUGAGUCGAACACCAUCCACCUGAAGGUGAUCGAGCAGCGCCCGGAUCCCCCCAUCGUGCAGGAGUACGAUGUCCCCGUCUUCACCCAAGACAAGGAUGACUUCUUCAACUCCCAGUGGGACCUCACCACGCAGCAGAUCCUGCCCUACAUUGAUGGAUUUCGGCACGUGCAGAAGAUUUCGGCGGAAGCCGAUGUGGAGCUGAACUUGGUGCGCAUUGCCGUGCAGAACCUGCUGUACUACGGGGUUGUCACACUCGUCUCCAUACUCCAGUACUCCAACGUCUACUGCACCACGCCGAAAGUCCAGGACCUGGUGGAUGACAAGUGUCUGCAGGAGGAGUGUCUGUCCUAUGUCACCAAACAAGGGCACAAGCGAGCCAGCCUCAGGGACGUCUUCCAGCUGUACUGCGGGCUGAGCCCUGGCACCACUGUGCGAGACCUGAUCUCCCGCUACACCCUGCAGCUCCAGAGGGUGGACGAGAGGAGGCUUAUCCAGUUUGGUUUGAUGAAGGGCCUUAUCCGGCGGCUCCAGAAAUACCCAGUCAAGGUGGCCCGGGACGAGCGCAGCCACCCAGCCCGGCUGUACACAGGCUGCCACAGCUACGACGAGAUCUGCUGCAAGACUGGCAUGAGUUACAAGGAGCUGGAUGAGCGCCUGGAGAACGACCCCAACAUCAUCGUGUGCUGGAAGUGAUGGCAGCGAUGGCCCUCACCGGAGCUGUGUCCCCCCACGCAUCCCCUGGGUGUCCCCCCUUGUCCCCUCCGU